AUGGCACCGGAUCUUAACGCACUAAGCGCUGAUGGCCGCUGGGACUACUCGACCCCAGGAUCAUCAGGCUACAGCAUCCCAAACAUCGUCUACGAUGACCCGCAAUCCCGCAAGCUCAGGGUCAUCACGAUCGGCGCCGGCUUCUCCGGUAUCCUGAUGGCAUACCAGAUCCAGAAGCAAUGCCAGAAUGUCGAGCAUGUCAUCUACGAGAAGAAUGAAGACAUCGGCGGUACAUGGCUUGAGAACCGCUACCCCGGCUGCGCAUGCGACAUCCCCUCUCACGCAUAUACUUAUGCCUUUGCGCUCAACCCGGACUGGCCGCGAUUCUUUUCCUACUCACCUGAUAUCUGGAAAUACCUCGACAGAGUCUGUGAGACAUUUGGGCUGCGGAAGUACAUGAACUUCAACACACAGGUUGUUGGAGCAUAUUGGCAGGAGGAGCAGGGAAAGUGGAAGGUCAAGCUGCGGCAGACGAAGCCUGACGGCAGUGAGCCAAGCGAGUUUGAGGAUACUUGCGAUCUACUUCUCUACGCGACAGGCAUCCUGAAUGAUUUCAAAUUGCCGGACAUCCCAGGCAUGGAGAAUUUCAAGGGCCGAAUCGUGCACACUGCCCGCUGGCCGAAGGACUACCACAAAGACGAGUGGAAGAGGGACCGCGUCGCAGUUGUUGGAUCCGGUGCGUCGUCUAUCCAAACCGUGCCGAACAUGCAACCACACGUCAAGCAUAUGGACGUUUUUGUCCGGACAGGCGUGUGGUUCGUCCAGAUCGCCAAUAACUUCGGCGCGAACCAUGAGUAUACCGAAGAACAGAAGGAAGGCUUCCGUAAGGACCCCAAGAGCAUGGUUGCACACGCAAAAGAUAUUGAGAACCAGGUUAACGGUCUUUGGGGCUUGUUCUACACCGGCUCGGAGGCCCAGAAGGAGGGCCAAAAGAUAUUCAGAGCGCGCAUGGCAGAAUUCAUCAAGGAUAAGCGGUUGCUCGAUGGAUUUACUCCGAAGUGGGAGAUUGGCUGUCGCCGUGUAACUCCAGGAGAUCCGUACAUGCUGGCGAUCCAAGAAAAGAACGUUGACGUCCACUUCACUCACGUGGAGAGGAUUACCGAAGAUGGUGUCGUAGGCGGAGACGGUAUCGAGCGAAAGGUAGAUACGAUCGUCUGUGCAACCGGGUUUGAUGUAACGUAUAAGCCGAGAUUCCCAGUGGUGGGAAAGAACGGAGUUAGUUUGAAGGAGAAGUGGAAGCUCUGGCCUGAAGCAUAUCUUGGGAUCGGUGUUCCGGACUUCCCGAACUUUGUCAUGUUCAUCGGGCCGACAUGGCCAGUAGAGAACGGAAGUGUGGCUGGCCCCUUACUCGGCGUGUCUGAGUACGCAAUCUCCCUGAUCAAGAAGAUGCAAAGGGAUUACAUCAAGAGCUGGGUGCCAAAGCAGGAUAUCACUGACCGAUUCAAUGAGCAUGCUCAGGAAUGGAUCAAACACACGGUCUGGAAAGAAGAAUGUCGUUCCUGGUACAAGAAUAACGAGACCGGGCGGGUAAACGCUGUGUGGCCCGGCUCCUCCCUGCAUUACAUGCAUGUCAUCGAGGGCCCGCGCUAUGAGGACUUCGAAAUCCAGUAUCUGCACAAGAAUAUGUGGGCUUUCCUUGGUAUGGGUUACGUAAUGGAGAACACGAUCCCGGGUUCGGACGUCUCGCCGUAUAUGCAAUAUGAGUAUAUCGAUCCGAAGUGGCUGGAGGCCAUCGGACACAGCAAGUCGAGCACCCUUUCUCGAGAGGAAGUUUCGGAGGAGUUGGGAGAUGCUGUGCAGGGUUGA